AUGGCGAGCGGUCGAAUGUCCAUGUACUCGGUGGCAUCCGAGGGUCUCGGGGGCGCUCGAGGUGGCCCUCAGUCUGCUCCUGUUUCCACCACCACCCUCCUCAACGCCGUCCACAACAUCUACCUGGCAUCCCAGCCCUAUCAGUUGGACGCCGGUACCAGUCUCGUUGUCAACACAUGGCUCACCGCGGCCCAGCUUGCCCCCGACGGCAGCACCGGAGGCACCAUAGACAGGGCCCUUACCAGGAGGUCAUGGGAGCACGCCUUAAGGCGUGCCGAAGACGGAUGCAUCGUCCUUGGUUCUCUCCACGCAUCUACUCCGUCCCUGCUCACACCGUUCCUCUCAUCUCUGCCGCCCACGAUCCCCUCAUCCGUCUACCGCGCGCUGGAGGCGAUUCAGCCCUUCCUGAGGUGCUCUACUCCUUACAAUCCCUCCGCCCCUCGCCAUUCUGCCCUCGGCGUCACUUUCACCCUCAGUCUCGGCGGUAAUCUUAAUGGGGCCUCGAUUGCCCUUUCUCAGGGUGGUAUCGACACCGCCAAGGGCCUUCUCAGCAUCCCGCCCGAAGCUGGCUACCGUGCCUUUGACGUAUUCUACUACCUGCUCACCUCGGCUUCCACCCCGGCCGAGAGGGAGUUCCUCGGUCUGAAGUCUGCUUCCAACUACGCCCUGCUGGCAAGAUCUGGCACCUACGACCCGCCCUCCUACCUCCCGACCGCCGACGACGCGGCUGCCGCUGAUGACUUCCGUUCUGCUUUAAAAGACAUUGGUAUCAAGGGCGCGGCCCACCGUAAUCUGAUUUCCACCCUCGCAGGCCUGCUCAAGCUUGGCGACACGCUUGACUAUGACGUAGACGAGGAGGUCUUUGAAGAGAUCUGCGAGGAUGUCAGUGGAUUGCUGUCAAUGGACCCUGAAACCCUUGCCAGACACUGCACGACCGAAGACCGAAUGACGUUCGUCGGCGGUCUCUACGAGGCGUUGGUCGAUUGGAUCAUCACCAAGGCGAACGAUGCCAUCUCGGCGCAGAUCGCGCGCAUCAAAGACGGCGCCGAGUCGGUUGACGGCCGCGGUGCUCGUACGCCCACUUCCAACGGUGACGGCGGAGACACGGUUUGCAUCACCGUUCUGGAGGUGCCCGACCCGAACUUGGGCAGGGCUGUGUGCAUGAGGGGGGUUUUUGACGACACUCUUGGCAUCAACGCCGAGAUGAUUGCCGAUGGCGUAGAGGUUCCUCCUGCCGGAAGCACGGUUGUGCGUGAGAUGCAAACAGCUGUUGGCGAAGUCGGCCCCGAAUUGGGCAUCAUGGCCGGCGCCGCUGGCAGAGAUCGCCAGCAUGAGUUGGAGAAGCGAGAGGAGGUGCUGGAAAAGAUUGGCCACUCCGCCGACGACGACGGGUUCCUCAAGGAGCUUCUUUUCCCCGUCGCCGGCCAAGGUAUCAACCUGGGGCGCACCGGCCGUAUCGAUCUGUCGUCACUCCUGAACUCGAGCCGCGUCUGGUACCACCUUGCCAUUCACCCCACCGAUGACUCGCCCGCGAGCCUGGCCGCGCUGCCCUCCGUGAACUCGGCUUGGUCGGCUGGCACCGUCUCCCGCCAGCUCCGCGCUUGGCGUCUGCCGGAAUGGGCCAACAGGCGCAACAAGAACCUCGACUUCACUGCAGACUUCGACAUGGACGAGUUCGUUCAACGCUAUGCUGCUCUCGGCUGCAAGGAUGGCCGUGAAGGCAUCGAGACGUGGAUUCUCGAACGUGGUUGGACCAACGGCGAAGUCGUCAUCGGCAAAGAACGCGUUUGGAUACGUGAGAGUGCUUGGUGGGAGGCCGAGAGCAUGCUCGACCUGAAGAUCACGGACAACAACCUGCCCGGAAUGGGCAACGUCAUGGUUGCCAACAAUCUCGAGUCCGGGUACUCGGCGAACGGCAGCGGCUACUUCCCGACGCCCGUGUUCGGCGACAACACUCCCAACGGCAGCCGGGACCAUCUCAUAGCUCACCAGCGUAACUUCAGCCAGGGCAACAUCUCCCAAAACACCCUCAACCACAACAACGCGAUGCGCGCGCCGUCGAUCGCCCCCUCCAACAUGCGCAAUGUGCAAAACACGGGUGACUAUGGCUUGGGCACAAAGGGCGACACCUACAAGGGCCAAGUCUUCUACAACAACGAGGGCGAGUUUGUCGGACAGAUGGACCCCGAGCUUGCCGACGGCAAGCAAAUCGAGACAAAGACGAUGACCAAGGAGCGUCGCAUCUGGGUCGCGAUCGUCUGGGCCUGGACUUUCUGGAUUCCCUCUCCCCUUCUGCGGGUCGUGGGUCGCAUGAAGCGACCCGACGUCCGCAUGGCCUGGCGUGAGAAGCUUGUUCUCGUCUGGUUCAUCGUGCUCAUGAAUGCCGCCAUCGUCUUCUGGAUCAUCUUCUUCGGUAAACUCCUCUGUCCUAACUUCGACAAGGCGUGGAACACAAAGGAGGUCGGCACACACGGAGGCGAAAACGACUUUUACGUCAGUGUUCGUGGUCGCGUGUACGACAUCUCCAAGUUUUGGAAGACGCAGCACUCUGACACGGCCAUCGAGACCACCAAAGACAACAUGUUACCGUUCGCCGGCAUGGCCAUGGACGAGUACUUUCCGCCUCCUCUCCAGCUGGUCUGCCCCGGCCUCGGCCUCACGGAGACGCAACAGCUGACCGCGAACAACACCCCUGAGUACGUCAUUGGCGUCCACACCUCCGGCUAUUUCGCCAGUGACCGCACCAGCGCCUUGGGCAACAAGGAGUGGUACAGCAAGACUUUCUUGCCCCGCAUGAAGGAGUACUACAAGGGCGACCUCGUCUGGGAUAAGAAGAAGGUCGAAGAUGAGGGCUCUAAUGAUAGCCACAUGUGGGUCAUCUACGACGGCUCCGUGUACGACCUGACCGACUACUACAACACCAUGGACGUUAACAAGAAUGUGGAAACGUACAAGUUCCUCAACACCAAGCUCACGAACGUCGUUUCCAACAACCCCGGCGAGGAUGUCACUGACCUUUGGAACGACGUCAUCAAGAACGCGGCCUCGAACUCGACCGAGAACACCUCGGUUCAGAACAGCAUGAACUGCAUCAAAAACUUGUUUUACGUCGGUAUUCCGGACUUCCGUUAUUCCGCCAAGUGUCAGGUGAACAACUACAUCAUGUUGGCGAUGACAAUUAUCCUCUGUUCGGUCAUUCUCAUCAAGUUCUUGUCCGCCCUUCAGUUCGGUUCGAAGAGACGUCCCGCGCCGCAAGACAAGUUCGUUAUCUGCCAAGUGCCGGCGUAUACCGAAGGCGAAGAUUCACUACGCAAAGCUCUCGAUUCACUCACCGCACUACAAUACGACAAUAAGAGGAAGCUCAUCUGCGUCAUUUGUGACGGUGUCAUCGUCGGUGCCGGCAACGACCGUCCGACUCCCAAGAUCGUCCUGGAUAUCCUUGGCGUUGACCCCAAGGUCGACCCGCCGGCGCUUCCUUUCAAGUCCGUCGGCACCGGCAGCGAGCAACUCAACUACGGCAAGGUCUACUCGGGUCUUUACGAGUUCGAGGGCAACGUCGUCCCCUACCUGGUCGUCGUCAAGUGCGGUAAGGAAUCCGAGCAGAGCAAGUCCAAGCCCGGAAACAGAGGCAAGCGUGACUCCCAGAUUCUCCUGAUGAGCUUCCUCAACCGCGUUCACCACCGCGCCCCCAUGAGCCCUCUCGAGCUUGAAAUGUUCCAUCAAAUCAACAACAUCAUCGGCGUGGACCCUGAGCUGUACGAGUACCUCAUGAUGGUCGACGCCGAUACCAGCGUCAGGGAGGAUUCGCUCAACAGACUGGUCUCGGCCUGUGCCAACGAUGCCAAGAUUGCCGGUAUUUGCGGCGAGACUGGUCUGCAGAACGACGACAGAACAUGGUGGACGAUGAUCCAGGUUUACGAAUACUUCAUUUCCCACAACUUGGCCAAGGCUUUCGAGUCUCUCUUCGGCAGCGUUACCUGUUUGCCCGGUUGCUUCACCAUGUACCGUCUGCGCACCGUCGACAAGGGCAAGCCGCUCAUCAUCGCCGACGACGUCAUUCGGGAGUAUAGCGUGUGCGACGUCGACACCCUCCACAAGAAGAACCUGCUGUCUCUUGGUGAGGAUCGUUACUUGACAACGCUGAUGACCAAGAACUUCCCGUCCAUGAAGUACAAGUUCAUUCCCGACGCGUACUGCCAAACCGCGGCGCCCGAGUCCUGGAGCGUUUUGCUGUCUCAGCGUCGUCGCUGGAUCAACUCGACUAUUCACAACCUGUUUGAGCUGAUGAAGCUUAAGGAGAUGUGCGGUUUCUGCUGCUUCAGCAUGCGCUUCAUCGUCUUCAUCGAUCUCUUCGGUACCAUCAUUCUCCCUGCUACAACUGUGUACCUUGGAUACUUGAUCUACACCGUGGCCACAAGGUCUGGCCAGAUUCCUUACAUCUCCAUCGUGAUGAUUGCUGCGGUGUACGGUCUCCAGGCUCUUAUCUUUAUCUUGAAGAGACAAUGGCAGCACAUCGGAUGGAUGAUCAUCUACAUCCUUGCCUUCCCCAUCUACUCGUUCGCCCUUCCCAUCUACUCUUUCUGGAACCAGGACAAUUUCUCGUGGGGUAACACACGUAUCGUCAUCGGAGAAAAGGGUAACAAGCAGGUUGUUGCCGUUGACGACGAGGGCUUCGACCCCAGGAGCAUUCCUCUCCAGCGAUGGGACGACUACGCCAUGGCCAACAACCUCCCGGGACGCCGCGGCGGUUACAUGGAGAAGCACGACAUGGGUUACGACGACCAGUACGAGAUGGAUGAGAUCAGAUCCGUCUACUCCUCUGUUCGCCAGGGCUCCGUUCUCACCGGCAUGAACCGCAACAACACCUACAUGCCGCCUCAGUCUCCCGCUCCAUUCGGCGGCCACAUGGCUCGCGCCUCCGGCGCCAACAGCCCGUACCACCACGACCAGAACCUGGCCAACCGGCAAUCGAUGGCCUCUCUGGGCACCCACGACAUCAACCGCAUGCAGACUCCCUACCAGGACUUCCCUAGCAACCGCCCGAGCGUGUCCAACCUCCGUGGUCAGGCCAGCGUCUCGCCCGGCCUCGGCGGCAACCGUUCGCAGUCCGCCCUGGGCCUGAACCGGCCCAGCGCCAACCAGUCGCAAUCGUCGUUCGACUUCCAGCGUGGCAACAUGCAAGGUCCCGACGACGGCAUGAUUAUCGAGGCCAUCCAGGGCGUCCUGAGGGAGGUCGACCUCGACACGGUGACGAAGAAGCAAGUACGCGCUCUGGUCGAGCAGAGGUUGCAGACCGGACUCGUAGGCGAGAGGAGGACAUUCAUGGACAAGCAGAUCGACAACGAACUUGCCAACAUGUAA